AUCGCAAGGCGGUGCUUGAGCCUCAGGAAGGAAGGAGGAGAGAGGAGGAAAACAGAAAAGGGAGAAGGUGGCCCGGUGGUUGGGGAUGUUGGGCGACCAGGGCCCAGUCAGGAGGCCUGGCUUCGGGAGCGCUUGGAUGUGACAGUGCGGGGUGUGCUUGUGUAACGGCGGCGAGGAGGCAGGGGAAGCCCGUGUUGAUGCCGCGGGGGGCCGCUUCUUGUGACAGCUGAGGGCGCCUUGCGCGCGUGAGACUCCGCACGCGCCGCCUCAGAGGGCUGCUCGGCCGGUUCGUCAAGGGGGCGGUUGCUGCUGCUGCUGGGCGCCCGGCCGCACGCUUUUUCGUUCUUUCGCACCCUCCUCACCUACCAACCGACCGACCGACCCACCCAAACCCACCAGCCAGCCAUGCGGCUAUGCGGGGCCCUCCUCAAGAGCCCCGUCCCCAAACAGAUAGAGUACUACUCCCGCUUCUCCCCUUCGCCGCUCUCUAUCAAGCAGUUCUUGGACUUCGGGCGUGAUAAUGCAUGUGAGAAAACAUCGUAUAUGUUCCUACGGAAAGAACUUCCUGUGCGGCUUGCUAAUACCAUGAGGGAAGUAAAUUUGUUGCCUGACAACUUGCUGAAUAGACCUUCAGUUAAGUUAGUUCAGAGUUGGUAUAUGCAGAGCUUUCUUGAACUUUUAGAAUAUGAAAACAAAAGUCCUGAAGAUCCUCAUGUUUUAGAUAACUUUUUAGAUAUCUUAAUCAAAGUCAGGAACAGACACAAUGAUGUAGUGCCUACCAUGGCUCAAGGAGUGAUUGAAUACAAGGAAAAGUAUGGCUUUGACCCUUUUGUGAGCAGUAACAUCCAGUAUUUUCUAGAUAGGUUCUACACCAACCGCAUCUCAUUUCGCAUGCUUAUUAAUCAACACACGCUGCUUUUUGGUGGGGUCACUAAUCCUGCUCAUCCAAAACAUAUUGGGAGCAUUGAUCCUACUUGUAACGUGGCUGAUGUGGUAGAAGAUGCCUUUGCAACUGCUAAGAUGUUGUGUGAGCAGUAUUAUCUGGUAUCUCCUGAUUUGGAAAUUGAAGAAUUCAAUGCUAAAGCACCAGGCAAGCCUAUUCAAGUUGUCUAUGUACCGUCACAUUUGUUUCAUAUGCUUUUUGAAUUGUUUAAGAACUCUAUGCGAGCCACAGUAGAGUUACAUGAAGGUAAAUGUGAAAGCUAUCCAUCAGUUAAAACCUUAGUCACUUUGGGUAAAGAAGAUCUUUCAAUAAAGAUAAGUGAUAAAGGUGGUGGUGUGCCACUGAGGAAAAUAGAUCGUCUUUUUAACUACAUGUAUUCAACUGCACCCAGGCCUAGUUUGGAACCAUCAAGAGCUGUUCCUUUGGCUGGAUAUGGAUAUGGUCUGCCAAUAUCUCGUCUUUAUGCUAGAUAUUUUCAAGGUGAUCUCAAACUGUACUCAAUGGAAGGUGUAGGCACUGAUGCUGUAAUUUAUUUGAAGGCUCUUUCCAGUGAAUCAUUUGAAAGACUGCCAGUUUUUAAUAAGUCAGCCUGGCGACAUUACAAGACCACCCCAGAAGCUGAUGACUGGAGCAACCCUAGCAGUGAACCCAGGGAUGCAUCCAAGUAUAAAGCAAAUCGAUAACUCACUGUUUUCUACCUUGAUACUGCUGACAUGGAUUUCAGAUUUUUCUCCACCCAUCUGAACAGCUUGUUGGAUUCUGUUAUGAGAGGAAGGGACUGCAGUCCCUGACUGCAAAUGCAUACCUUUACAGUCAUGUUGUCCAUGCAGAUUUGCACAUGCUGACUUUUUACACAUUAUGCAAAAUUCACUAAAGCUAACCUGACAGCCUUGAAUUUCAAAUAAUUGAUAUUGUUGGGUUUUUUGUUCAUUGAAGUCCAAAUUCCUUGGCUGAUUGAUCAACACAAUAAGCCUCCCAACCUGUUAUGCUCACAUAUGUUGUCAUUCAUACUUUCUCUAAGUCUGCCAGUGGAACACCUCUGUAUAAAUUGGCAGGGUCUAACUUCCACCUCAACUCCUCCUUUAGUGAAAAUGGAAGCAGUACCUGAUAAUGACCUUUGAUUUCUGUAGACCUUUGGUGUGGUAUCAAGUACCUUCUGAGGCCUCUUGUAUGACACCUGCCCCAAGGUAUCUGCUGAAUUGUUGAAAUCAGAAUACCUGUUAUUUUUGCCCACAACAUCUCAUAUUGGCUGAUUUCAAUGUUAAUAAGUGACCUACCAAGCAUUCUCAUUUUCUCCCUUCUCUCUUGGGAUAAAGCUAGAUAUCCUAUUGUUGUAUUGAUUUGUGCUUCUAAUUCCGUUAGUGCCGAAGUGGGCAAUAAAUGGCUCUUUUCAUAGUUCACUAGAAAACCACAGUUCCAAAGUUUGAAUUGUCAGUUUCAGGUCCUCCAAGAUCUUACCCAUCAACCUGAUUUUUAACAAUAUGUUGUCCAGAUAGGGCUAUAAAUGCACUCCCUUUUGUCUGAGAUAGGCUAUCAAGAGUGGGGCUAUCAAGGGAAUUAACACCUUUGUGAACGUGCUGAUACCACACAGAAAAGAUGUGGCUUGAACUGAAAAUGGUUUCCCUAAAACUGAAACCAAAAUAUUUCCUAUCAUGUGCUGCCAUCGGAAUAUGGAGAUAUGCUUCUUUCAAUCUAUUGACACCAUCAGAUCUCCAAUAUUUUGUGUGAAUUUACAGCUGACCAUUUGAAGAAACCUGUUUACUGGUUUACAGCCUACCCUCUUUUAUUGUCUGCAACAUCUACAUCUUGAAUCUUCUGUACCAGAUGAAACCAUUUAAUUACCUGAGAAUCAAGAUAAGUCCGUAGAUCCCAUUGCUUUUGGAAAUGGUAAAAAAAAAAUGGAACAAACCCCUGAACUUUUGUGCUGUGUUGGUACCUCCUCCACUGCUCCGAUUUCCAGUAAGGGUUGGAAUCUUCUUCAAUGCAAUUGCUUGCUUUACUUAAGACCCAAUAUAUUGAUGAAGGAAGAUACCUUUCUCAGCUUCAUAUGGAAUUGAACAGCGUAACCCCUUGUAACCACCUCUGUGACCCAUUGGUCUGUUGUUACCUACCUGCGGCCACAUGAAGCUAACAGAAGCAACCUCCUUCUCACUGGGACUAUCUUUUUGUUAAUAUUGAGGUCUGCUCCACUUAGCGGUUGAAGAGGCUCCUCAGCCCUGCCCCUGGUGGCUAUAAUCGCUCUGUUAAUUGAAUGAAAUGUAUUCAGAUGAGAUUUUAGUUCUUGGUAACAAGGGAGCUGCUCCUCCCACCGCCAAACUACCUGUUUCAAAAUGGCAUCUGGAACUGGCCGCUUGAAACUUCAGUGGUGGUGAGGACUCCCUCCCCAAUUGCUGAGAACAAGGUUUUGCUUCUUUUAAAACUUUUUCUCCCUUUUUCUUAUUUUUAUCUGCUUUCACCAAUUCCUGUUCCGUCCCCUUUACCUCCUGUUUGUGUUCCGGCUUUCCCUCUUUUGCAGCCAUUUUCUCUGUUUCGCUCUUGCUUGAUGUUAAGAACAGCUUUUUAGAAUCUAUUUUAAUGUCUGGUCUUUUCUCCUCACCAGAGACAUGCUGGGCAGUGGUCAUCUGUGCGGUAUCUCCACUUGUCUUUUUGCAUCCCCUGAUCUGCUUUGUUGGUGUCAGUGGGAUUUUUAACCAUGGUUUGAUUUUAUUUUUAUUUUUUGCCAUCCUGAAUUGCCUACUCAAUGACAAUUCCCUUGCCAUCUUUUAAAACACCCAUUUCCUUUUCUUUAUAGGCAAAAAUACUACUGACAUGUUGGGAGAGGGAUUUUUGCAUCUGGUUGGCAGGCAGGAGAAUUAAAGACUGACUAGGAAGGAGAGAAGUCUUAAUGGACAUAACUGAAAAGAAUAUUGACCUCUGCACGGUUGGCAGGUAUGCAGGCUUAACCCAUCAGUGGUGGAUUGCUCCUUCUGCCAUCCCGAGAUCAAUAAUAAUAAUAAUACCUAACAUAUACAUACCACACUUUGAGUGUCCACAGUGUUUCUCAUACAUUAGUUCUGUAAACAUUGGCAAAAUGGUUUUGCAGUAGUUCAAGCAGUAGUUUGCAUCACUCUUGUUACCACUAUGUCAUAUUCCUGACAAGAUACAUAUGAAAAUGCUAAUUUGGAGGUAAACUCUUUCUAUAAAUAAUACGUAUGCAUCAUCUCUUGUUUAUAGGGUCAAAAUACCUUGGAUCCCAUGCAAUGGGAUAAUUUUCUUCCUCACCCUUUUGGAUAGACAUUUGCAAAAUGGUGUAUCAGAGAGGAUACCUGAAGCCCUUGUUGGUCCAUAAAACUUGCACGUGUAUGUGGGAUCCCCCCCUCCCCCGUCAAUGCUCAGUCGUCUACAAAACGAAUACUAGCAUCUGAGUUCAUGCCCUGGUAUACUGCUGCAGUAGUAGAUAAAACUGGGUCUCAUCCCUCUGAUCAGCAUAGAGAUAAGAAGCAAAGAAAUUUCAUGAUGUGGUUACUACUAAAUACGACCAAAAAUUGAGAAGGGGAAAUACAGUUUCGCUCAAUGAAAUGACAUUGCUCUUAAAGGGAUUUCUAAUUGCAAGUGCAUAUUCUUUUAAGAUCCAACAAUGAAGCUCUGUGGUCUUUUUACACUUUACUUAUUUUGAUUUAAAAGUCACUAGAGAGCAAUUUAAAAAAAAGGAAACUGUUCUUUGAUGCCAUAUGCAUCAGUGUACUCGUUCCUGACUUAUUUGUGAAAUAGCAAAGAAUAAUUUGAUAGCAACUUCAAAAUGAAGCCCUGCUACAGUUGCUUAAAAGAUACUGUCACUGGAAUAUAUAAUUACAAAUGACUCAUGACAACUUAAAUGUGCUGAUGGUUGUUUUUAAUACUGAAGAUAAAUAUUGUGGGCAUUUAAUGCUAGUAGCUGAAUGAUUAUGACUGCCUUAAACCUGAAAGUCUAUUUCCACAGUUAGUUGAGCAAUAAACCUGGUUCUCUUCUCUAGCUUCUGCCUAUAUUCAAGUACACAGUUUUGUCAAGGAUGCCUGUAUUUUGAUGUCUUUUGUGUUUAAUGCAUGCCUUUUGUGUUAAAAUUUUAAAAUGCAAUGAGAUAUAGUGGUCUUGAAAUGUAUUGGAUUGACACUGUUCUCAUGGAAAAAUGAAAUGUGAUGAAACUGAAUGGUCUCAGUUUGGUCAGCAAUCCCAGAAUCAAGCUUUGCCUUCUAGAGUGAGUAUGCCUUCUGUCCUCUGUCUAGUACCAGCUUUUUGGCAGAGACUAGAGAUUUCUUGCAUUCAGCUUGCUGUGAAGAGCCUGUGUGUACAUGCAAGAUGACUGAGCCACAAAUUCAGUACUAGCCCUAGAAAUGUAAUAUAACAAGUUGUCUCCAACUCCUGCCUAAAGCUCUAGGGAAGUAGGAAAACAAUUGAGUUCUUCCGGAUUUUCAUUCAAUCUCAAAUUAGACUAGGAUUAUUUGUGUUUGGUUUAUGUAAGGGGGGGAGUUUUAUCUUUAUCUAUAGUCAGUCUUUCCCCAAUCUAUAAUUCUCUGAGGCCAUUUAGUACUCCGAAGACAAAAAUUGCACAUAACCUCUGUUCUACUUCCUGUCUGCCCUUUCUUAGAAAAUUUUUGUUGAGUUUUAUUUGUUAUGGGGUGGGGUAGAUUUAGAUGCACCAUACAAGUCCUUUGCUGAGUACUCCUUUUCAAGUAUUAUCAAAAUCCUGGGAGAAGCUUUUAUCUAAGGAGAGAUACUGUGGGUGGUAGGAUGAAACACAUAGCUAGCAGCAAAUAUAUGUUUCAGAAAAAUAGACCUUUUCGGUAUAGGAGAAAAGGCCUUUCCAAAACACCAAAAUGAUAGGGGUUUUCUUCAUAGGGCAACAAUCAAUAACCGUUCCCAGGGAGAGCAGUCUGCUACUGGAUUCCCACAAGUUCAUGGUGUCAAUCAGCAGGGUUUUGUUCUUCUGCAUAGAAUGUGGCAAUUUUCGUGCCAAACAUUGGCUGGGAUAAGGGGAGCUGGCAUCAUUAGAUGCUGUUCUUCCAGAAACAACAUGCCCUGCCCCACAUAAUUUGAGAACUGAGGACUCAAAGAUACUUCAGAACUCUCCCCAUCACUGCCUUCUUAGUUGAAAUGUUGCCAAGUGUUUGAUUUAUAGGUUGUUUAAUCCAAAAGCUAGAGCUUUUAUGUUUAAACCACUAAAUUCUGGAGUAAGCCUAUUGACCUAAGGGCAGUUUGUAUAAUUUCCUUUUAGUGAAUUCAGCUGAACAUUGCUGCAUACAAUAGCCAUUUACAUUUUGGUAAUAGUAUUUUGGUUUUAUUAAAUCCACACUUCGAUUUUUUUUUCAAAUUCAUUCAGACAGGAUGGCUUAAAAACCUUGUAGCAAUGGCUUGACACAAAAGGUGACGAUUUUAGAGAUGCACUGCUUGUAGACAGCUCUAGGUUCAGUUCUUGGCAUCUCCCAUUUAAAAGUUCACAUGUAGGGUAGAGGGGGGAAACUCUGCUUUUGUGGCCUUGCCAAAGCAGUGCUGGGCGGAGUAGAUAACACUGAGCGAGAUGGACCAAUGUUCUGCCUCAAAGGGAAGUUCAUAUGAACUCGAUUAUGUGGCUGGAGUACAAAUGAGAAUGGAUCUGACUUCAAGGUGUUCCAAGCAGAUGAGGUUCUUAGUACCUUCCUGUAAAUUGUGAUGGAAUUGCAGGUCCUUCUAUGUUCAUUAUUCUUUCACUGUAAUUGCUGCUUCCCUGUUUCCCCUUCUCACUGUGCAAUAAUAAUAAUAAUAAAAACCCCGAAGAUACCAUU